GAAAUAACCCACCACCAGGCCAAUCCAAUCUAGCACCAUUUUUUUUUGUCACACUCUGCUAGAAUACAAAGCUGAGAGUAGCUAGUGUUAGUAAUCGAGCGAGCGGAAUGGGUGUGGGAAGAAAACGGAUGGUCCGCCUGCAGCUGAUGAUGCUUUUGGCUUUCCAGCUAGUUUCUGCUUCCUUCUUCAUGACCAGCUCCGCCGCCGCCGGCGUGCAGUUUCAGACCAUGAAGGUGAUCCCUCUCGCAGCAACCCAACAGCCGCGUCCGCAAACACAGAGACCGGCGGCAAUUCCAAGUGAUGCCACAGAGGAUCCCGCCACCGCCGCAAUCGAACUUGACUUCCUCAACAUCCACGUGGACACGCUAACUCCGGCGGAACUGAAUGACCUCGACCACGAGGCCCUCUUUCACAAACGCAUGAAAAGCGACGCAGCGAGGGCGAGGGCUCUUUCCAUGCAGGCGAAGCGAGCUGCGGCCGCCGGCGGCGGCGGUUCCGCCAUCACAGGAGACGCCGUCAGCGGGGCCAGUUUAGGGAUUCUCAACUACUUCACCAGCGUCUGGGUGGGCACCCCUAGUCCACAGAAAGCGUCCUUGAUUCUCGACACCGGAAGCGACCUCAUUUGGAUGCAGUGCCGUCCUUGCAAAAACUGCUACAAGCAAAAAGACCCGAUUUUCAAUCCCGUCCAGUCAAGAUCCUAUGCCGACCUUGGCUGUGACGAUCCGUCGUGCCAGCUCCUCAUCCCCGACGGCGCCUCCACAGGCUGCGCAACGCAACACAGCCAGCGCAGUAACAUCAAGACGACGACGUCAAGGCAGACUAAUAGUACUGUUAAAGUGUGUCCGUACAGAUAUAGGUACGGCGAUGGCUCUACCACCUUCGGCCACUUGUUCAAAGACACGCUGAUGCUCGGCGGCAGCAAAGUGAACAUCUCACUCGGCUGCGGCGUAAACAACACCGGCUUAUUCGGCGGCACGGCCGGUUUGCUGGGGCUGGGGAGAGGGAAGUAUUCGUUUCCGGGUCAGCUGGCGGCGGCCGGCGGGCGCUAUUUGACCUACUCACAGAAGUUCUCGGUUUGCCUCCCUUCUGACUCAAGGUUAAAAUCCACAAUAGUUUUUGGGGACUCAGAAGAGGUGAAGCCGUCAAAGAACGCCACUUCCACCCCUCUACUCAAGAACCCUUUCAUGGAUACCUUCUACUACCUUCAGCUGGAAGGGAUUAGCGUGGCAGGAGAGCGGGUCCCUGGGGUUGAAUCCUCUCUGUUCAAGCUCAACGCCACCGGAGAUGGCGGGCUCAUAAUAGACUCCGGGACGGUGCUGACCCGUUUGAACCCCAUCGCUUACAACAGAAUGAGAGACGCUUUCCGGAAUGCGGCCCGCAACCUGACACUGCUAACGCCGUCGAAGGGUGAUCUUUUCGACACCUGCUACAGCCUCGCAGGUUUUAAGGAAGACGACACUCUGGAAGUACCCACGGUGACUAUGCAUUUCAAGGGUGCAGAUGUUGCUCUUGACGGUUUGAACUAUAUGAUAGGGAUGAAUGUUAAUGGCACGGCGGCCAUCUGCUUCGCGUUCUUGCCUUCCGAUGACAGCUUUAACAUUUUUGGUAACAUGCAGCACUUGAACUUCCGUGUCACCUACGACGUCCAGAAUUCUAAAGUCGUCUUUGAUCCAGACAGAUGCUCUUAAUAUAUACGUACUCAAUACAAACACGCGCGACUAAAACUUAACAUGCAUCUCCGUUGUCAAAUGUCGCCUUCAUGUGUACCAAGUCCGGCCUACAUAUGUAUCCGUACUACUCCGGCCAGCCACCGUAUCCAUUCCGGCCGCCCUGUUUAUUUCCUCAUGUAUACCAAGUACUGUGCUCCGUUUUCCUCAUAUAUAAGUAUUGUCUUUUUUUU